AGACAGUAGUGUGUAAUAGAGAUUCGCGGACAAAAUAAAUAAUAACUGACUCGCACUCACAGAAAUGCUAACACGGUUACAAUGGUUAAAGGCGGUGCCGCGCCCAGUCAGCGUGCUGCACAGCAAUUUCACCAGUCGAAAUUUGAAGUCGUUCAGAGGCGAGGAGGUCCUGGGCGCUGUCAAGCCGAAGCCCAAGCUUUCGAGCCAAGGGAGUGAGAGAAUGCCACAUAUAAUGACAGAUCGUAAAUACAAAUAUAGUGAGGGUCAGAUAUAUCACGGGUUCAAGUGCGAGCGUGUCGAGUAUAUCCCUGACUUUGAGCUAAUGUCGUGUAGUCUUCGACAUAUUGGCACGGGUACUGAGUUUUGGUAUCUGGAUCGCAAGGAUACCAACAAUGUAUUUUCCAUAAAUUUCCGUACUACGCCAUUUGACUCUACGGGUCUACCUCACAUAUUGGAGCACCUUGCCUUGUGCGGUUCAAAAAACUUUCCAGUUCGGGAUCCCUUCUUCAAAAUGCUUAAUCGAUCAGUUGCAACUUUUAUGAAUGCAAUGACUGGACCAGAUUACACACUAUAUCCAUUUUCAACCAUGAACGAGGUGGACUUCAGAAACCUGCAGAAGAUUUACUUGGAUGCCGUAUUUAGACCAAACUUGGCGCAUUUGGACUUUCUACAAGAAGGUUGGCGUCUUGAGCACAAGGAUGUGCAGAACCGGGACUCCGAAAUCAUAAUAAAAGGUGUCGUCUAUAAUGAAAUGAAAGGAGCCUUCUCAGAAAACUCCCAAGUUUUCACACAAAACUUGCUGAACAAUAUGCUCCCAAGUCACACGUAUGGCUACGUCUCGGGAGGUAACCCACUGGAGAUUCCCAAGCUAACACAUACGGAUUUGGUCGAGUUCCAUCGCAAAUACUACCAUCCAAGUAAUGCGCGCAUCUUCUGCUACGGCUCCUUUGACCUGGAGAAAACUCUUGCCUUUGUCGAUAAGGAAUACCUAUCCCACCAUGAGUGUAUUGACAAUGCCUACAGUUGUAUUCCCCCGCAGGAGCGUUGGUCACAGCCUCGUAAUGUCCACAUUCCGAGUAGGUUGGAUUGCAUGGGCGCCAGCUUUGACCGACAGAACCAAAUUGCAAUUGGAUUGUUAAUGUGCGAUAUAAACGAUAUACAGGAGAGCUUUGAACUGAACGUGCUAUCCGAAGUAAUGAUUCGUGGUCCCAACUCAGCCUUCUAUAAGAGUUUGAUAGAGCCCAAUUUUUCCGGCGGCUACAACCAAAGUACGGGUUUCUCAGCAGACUGCAAGGACACAUAUUUCGUAGUGGGCUUACAGGACUUGAAGGUUGAAGACUUUAAAAAGUUCAACGAGCUCUUUGAUCAGACGGUGCACAAAACUAUCGAAGAAGGUUUUGAGUCGCAGCACAUUAAAAGCGUUCUGCACAAUCUGGAACUAUCAUUGAAACAUCAGAGUCCUCAUUUUGGUAAUGCUCUAUUGUUCAACUCGACAGCACUGUGGAAUCAUGAAGGUGACGUUGUCUCCAAUCUGCGAGUCUCGGAAAUGAUUGCAACGCUGAGACAGCGAUUAAAUGAUAAUAAAAACUAUCUUCAGGAGAAGGUUAAGCAAUACUUUACAAACAACACUCAUAAGCUCACACUCACAAUGUCUCCAGACGAGUUGUACGAGGAUAACUUUAAGCAGGCCGAGGCUGAAAUGCUUAAACAAAAAGUAAGCGCUCUCGACAGUAAAAAGUUAGAUCUGAUUUAUGAAAAUGGCAUCAAGUUGGAGACCUCUCAGAAGUCCACAGAAAGUUCAGAUAUUUUGCCGUGCCUAUCGCUGACCGAUGUCAAGGAACCGCCAAAGUUGCCCAAAAUCACAAUGAAAUCCAUUCAAAAUGUGCCCACGCAGCUGUGUAAGGUGCCAACCAAUGAAAUAACAUACUUGAAGUGUUUAUUCAACAUCACAGGACUGAGUCGAGAGGAAGUUAUGCUCGUGCCUCUAUUCUGCAAUGUAAUUAACGAAAUGGGUACCUCAAACCACGACUUUCGCGAAUUCGACAAACUGGUUCUAUCCAAGACAGCGGGUAUCGACUUUAAACUGAAUUUUGUUGAGAAUGUGAAAGAUGCCAAGACAUAUCGCCUGGGAUUGAUGAUGACGACGCACGCCCUCGAUAAAAAUGUUACUGACAUGUUCUGUCUCAGCGAAGAGUUGCUGCUUAACUUUCAGCUGGAAGAUACAAGUCGUCUCAAGAUGCUUAUUGAGAACUAUAUCUCCAAUAUAUCCGUAGGAAUCGCCAGUUCUGGCCACUUGUAUGCCAUGUUAAGCUCCGCGGGUUUGGUAACCGAUGCUGCUCAGUUGAAGUCAUUAUUAUCGGGAGUCGAUCAUAUAGACUUUAUGAAGAAGUACGUUCAACAGAAUAGCACUGAAAACAUUCGGGACAUGUUAAAGAAUAUUGGAACAAAGGUCUUUAGCAAGAGCAACAUGCGUGCUGCCAUCAAUAGCUCGGAUGCUUACCAAUCUACUGCAUUGGAGAAGUACACAAAGUUCGUGGAAAAGUUGCCGGUUCUCGGUGAGAUGAAGAGUGAUAUCAAAUUAAAUAUGCUUGAACCCAGCCUUCAACACUACGUUAUGAAUAUUCCCGUCAACUACUGCGCAAAGACCUUUUUCGCGGUGCCAUAUUUGCAUGAGGAUCAUCCAGUUCUGCGGGUCUUGGCCAAGCUCAUAACUGCCAAAUAUCUUUUGCCAGUGGUGCGUGAGCAGAAUGGAGCUUAUGGCGCUGGCGCCAAGAUUGGCUCUGAUGGCAUCUUUAGCUUCUUUAGUUAUCGUGAUCCGCACUCAACAAAGACACUGAAAGCCUUCGACAAGACUUACGAGUGGUUGCAAGCCGAAAGCAAGAAACUGGAUCAGCAAACACUUUUCGAGGCUAAACUGGGUGUGUUGCAGCAGCUGGACUCGCCAAUUGCACCUGGAAACAUUGGCAUUGAUUACUUCCUUUACGAUGUUUCCCAAGAGAUGUUUGUCAAAUACCGAUCCCGUGUCCUGUCCGUAACAGUCGACGAACUACGCACUGUAAUUGACAAGUAUUUCAAGGAAGAACCAAAGAACUUUGGCAAAUGCAUUUUAGGACCAGCCAACGAUAAAUUGGAAGAGGAUUCUAAUCUAAAAUGGAAUGUCAUAUCCUAAGUGUAGAAUUUUGUACUAAAAAUAAGACUGUAAAUACUUAUGCAUACUCUCACACUCACAUUCAACAUUUGUUCCGUUUCUUUUUUAAUGUUCGUUUGUUUUUGUUUUCUUCUCGCAAACGUUGAUUACUUGUUAUUAAAGGAUAUUUAAAGGACGUUGUCUUUCAACAAACAAAUCUUCGAACUAUGGAGAAUAA